GCAGGCUAGCGAGAGUCGAGGAAGAGGUGUAGAAUGGUGAUAGCCGGUAGCACAGGGCGCGCGGAGCAUGCGAGGAGCUAAUGGGAUCUCGCUGCCAAGGCCCCUGAUCACAUCCUGCAUGCACGCCCGCAGGCGAGUCGUCGUCGUCGCAGCGCGUGAGAAAGAGCAGCGGCGGAUGUUUGCUUUUCGAUCUGCCAUGCGAGUUGAUCAGGCGUUGGGCCGUGGCGGAGGAGAGCGCGCGGUGGAGGCUGGGCGUGUGAAGCGGGCGUGGAGCGGGCGUGAAGCGGGCGCCCACCUCCUCUGCACCAAAGGCCAGACUGUUGGGCGUGGGCAUGCAGCUGGCGGACUACUGGGCGGUGAAGCGGGAGGCGGAUGCAUGGAACGACGGGGUGUCGUCGCUGCGACGCGUGCCAGAGCUCGCCCCGGUUGGGACUAGUGGGCGACUGGGCUCCAGGUGCGCUCCUGCGGCUUUCGGUUAUGCGGGGCUCACGAGCACCAAUCAAAUGCCGCCUAUCCGAGGCUUAGUUUUUGCGACCCUCGACCGCAUACAGCUGCUCCCCGCAUUUGCCCGCACGACACCCUUCACCACCGCCAUCUCCACCUCCCCCUCCAUCGCCCGUACCCUCCGACGGCGCGGGCCAGCACUUGGGAACAGCAAUCGCACUCGUCUCUGCUGCAGUCCCUGCGCGCUCCAAACCCGCGCCUGCCGUCGCCGCCCCGUCGCCACUGCCGCUUCCAGACGCGCGCCGCCGCACCCUCCACGGCGCGACACAGCCCUCCCAAGCGCCGUCCCACAGCGUCGCCAGGGCCUGCUCUCUGCUGCCCUGCCUGCCAGCCCUCGAACGCCCUCCCUCCCGCCCACCUCGCUGCACCCGCAUCUCCCUGCCCACACGGAGCCUCGCCCCCCCUCCAGCUCGCUUCCAGCAGCAUGGGAAGCGCGCGCUGAUAGAGACCGGUUUCUGCGUCUGCCAUGAUGCGCCCGCGAGCUCCUCGAAUGCCCCCUCGACUGUAUGGACCCCAGCUCUGUGUCACAAUAGCAUUGCUCCAUUCCUGUCCGCCGGAUUGAAGCAGGCGAAGGCGCCACCGCCCAUUGGGUCCCCUCGACGCCGCCAGAGGACCUGUCAGUGUGCCACGGCAGCGCCCGUUCGAGCAGCCAGCGCACGCGUGAUCGCAUCCUCGA